GGAACCGGCAACACUUCUCCAAAGGAUAUGGAGUCCUUGUUACCGUUAAUGAAUAUGGUUAUUCACAGCAUUGACAAAGCAAAGAAGUAUCGUCUGAACAGAGAGGGUAAAAUAAAAGCCGAUAAAAAUCGCGCUCGUGUGGAGGAGAACUUUCUAAAAAUGACACAUGCACAACGUCAAGAAGCUGCACAAACACGCAGGGAGGAGAAGAAGCGAGCAGAGAAAGAAAGGAUCAUGAAUGAGGAGGACCCAGAGAAACAACGCCGGCUUGAGGAAGCUGCUCUUCGCCGUGAGCAAAAGAAGCUGGAGAAGCGUCAGAUGAAAAUGAAGCAGAUCAAAGUGAAAGCAAUGUAGAACACCAGAUACCUGGAGGAGGGCAGGGGACUGCUUCCUUGCCAGAGCUUAAACCCACAUCAAAUUGAAAUGCUUGAUUUCAUUGGGGGGGAGGGGGGAAAAGUAACCUCAGGGCACCUAGAAUUAAUCAGCAACUUAUACAGCAGGUUCCACACCUGCCAUUUUAAAAAAACUUCGCGAAAUUAAUGUUCCUCCCUGUUACUCUAAAUCUCAACCUCGAUUCUGCAUGAAACUCGACAGAGUUGCAUUGGGACUGGAUGUCAUCUCAUCCAACCCCACUCCAACUUGCCAACUUCAAACAGGACUGGAUAUGAAGCCUUGACAAUCAAAGUAUGGAGUUUAAGCUGGUGACUUACAGUCUGCGACAAGCCAAACAGUAAACUCUAUUAGUGACUUUACUGUGGUAUUCGUGGGUGGGUAAUUCACUGACCCAUGGUUUUAUCACACAAUUUCCAGAUGGUCAUCAAUGCAGACCUCAUUUAGAUUUAUCUCAGACUGACAUCUGUAUCUGUUUGCAGAAUUAGAUUACUGAAGGAUCUAAAUUCCCUUGUUGGCUGGUGUCAUUAGCGAAUUGGUUUGGCAAUACAGGCUGUCAUUUUCACAACCCAACACUAAGGUGUAGCUUAAGAGCUUUGGUUGGCUUGGUUCAGGUCUGUGUUAAGAUACACUGAAAACACUGAGUGGGGAAAUCACAACAGGCAAAAAAUCCUGUCGGGAGCAGGUCUUGGUGAUAGAAAGUAGCACUCAACAAGUUGCCUGAUGGACUCAUCACUGAUCAAAGCUGACCUCGGGUAGGGCCACAUUAUGAAAGUCCUACAUUUGGGAGGAAGAAGUUUUCCAGAGAUUCUGUACCUUUGUUUCAACACCGUUCCUCCAUGUCCUUACUUUACUGGAAUUUCACAUUUGGACUUCAGGCAAAAGCAAGAUUAGCUCACAUUAAACAGUCAACCAAUAUAUCUUAUUUGUAGGAAGAAAAGUCACAUAAAACCAUAGAGUGAACAUCAUUCCCACAACCAAACCUUAUGCCAGUGUCUGCUUUAAAUGUAGACAAAAAGGGAGAGGUCGAAAAAUGUCCUCCUGGUAUGUGGUGGGGAUGUUUCUGCUGCUACAUUAAGUCUGUCUUCGAUUAAAGGUGAUUAACAUUUCCUUUUGGAUACAUGUCAAAAUUUCCAUUUGAACAAUGUUGGAACUGCCUCUGAAGCACCUAAACAAAGCAGGAGGUGUUUCUGCUCUCCUGAAAGGGUGAACUUCUCUCCACUGCAACCACUUUGGUACACUUCCCAUUCAACCAGAAUCCAGUGAUAUUUAGGAAUAGGAUUUUGCAAGUUACCAUGGAAAUAUCCCCAUGUAGGCAUGGGUGCCACUCAAUAACGCAGGAGCCUGGCCACCUUUUGUUUUUUUAACUACUCAACUCAUCAGCUUGUGAAGCCAAGAAGAAUCCCAGUGAUGAACAAGGUCAACUUGUGAGUUGGCAGUGUUCUGGAUAUUGUUUACUGACCUUUCUGCCUCAUGGCUCCACUGAUGGGGCUGCACUCCAUGUGGACCAACAGUGGUUGCCAACAGCCAGUAAAAAUACUUGCAUUGGGAAACUGCUGGCUCAAAAAUAUGUGUAUUUGCAAGUGUCACCCUUGCCAGUUGAGGCAACCCUGUCAAGCAAAGGAGAAAUGAAUACAGUGGUACAUUUUAAAAGUUGCAGGAUUUGCUGGAUUUCUUGGGUAUUGUUUGUCCUUGUUACUGGGCACGUUAAAUGAAACGUGAAGGCUUACCUUUAGAUUUAGGAUGAGGCGUGCCAAGUUUACAGCCUGUCUGAACACUACCAGUCAGACAGCUCCUUAAGCUCUGCCUUUUACAUGUUAUCAUUCAAUCCAGUGGCUGAACACCUCACUGAAGCAGGAGUUCUGGAUGUAAUACCACAUAUUUGGCCCCAGUCGACAGGAAUGUGGAAAUUGAAUAUAUUUGUCCUCUGACUGUUUACAUCCCAGGAUUCUAUAGUUCUGUUCCCACAAUAAAUGCAUUAUUAAUUUUGCAUGUGGAAAAUUGAUAUCUGACAUUUAGUUAAAUGAGACGUUUUCAUGUUCAGCUAUGAAUGAGCACCCAGCCCAGGACAUUUCUGACGCACAUUCUGUUUGGUGAGCUUAUAUUAAUAUUUAUAUUUUAAUACACCUCUUUCCUGCUCCAUGUAACAACUAGGCCACAACUGGGUAGGCUGUGAAUGCAAACUGGGAUACAUAGAGCAGGAAGUUGGCAAAAGUUACCGUAGGUGGAAGAUAUGUCUGGGCAUCAUUGCCAGGUUCCUAUCCUAUUGAAGAACAUAUUGUAUCCAAUAACACAAUAACAAGAGUAGACCAUUCAAUCCCUUGAGCUUUUUCUGUUGUUUUAGCAGAUCACGGCUGGUCUGUACUUUAACUUGACCAUACCUGCCUUAAUAUCCUUACCUAAUUAAUCUUUGUUUUGCCAAUAUGGGGGAAGAGUUCCAGAUUUCGACUACCAUUUGUAUGAAAGUGUACUUGCUUAUUUCGCUGUCAAGAUAUCCAGCGGUGCCCAGGGACUGAAUUUUGUACUCCUAGUAUAUGAACUGAGCCUAAACAUUUAUGAAAACAACAAAGAAAAAUGAUUAACCAAUGAUUCAAUUUUAACUAAAUGCAGUCUGCCUCCAUAAAAUAUGGGGGUGAUUCAGUUAAUUCUACAAUGCCAGAAUAGAUUCUACACACUUGUAAUGCACCAGCUUAAUUUUAUGGAAAUGUGUUUGGAAGUUGAGAAAGAUAAGAUGUGUAUGUAAGACACUACAAUUAGUUCAUAAUUGUCCAGUUAGUGAAGCAUGCACAGGCAAGUUGCAUCGACCUGAAGGAACCAGGGUUUCGCUCCUCAUUUUGGCUGGGAAGUGGCAGAAGAGAAGCAUUUUGUUAUGAUCAGCUUGUGAUGGGAAUUGGGAAGAAGAAUUAUUAGCGGCCUAUCUGCUGUCCAUUAACCUCUGCUGAUAGAUAUCUAUGAGAAGGCAAUAGUGUGGCCUGCAGUGGUGGUUAUUAAUUUCUGAAUCACAAUUUAGGUUCAUGUGAAGAAUGACUGACUGUAUAAUAAAGAAGGACUGGUGGAAUGGUAACAUGAGAGAGUUGGCAUUUUUAAGCGGGAAGAGUUAAUGUACUCUGCUUCUAACAUCCUUGGUAGGGGGGGCACUUUGGGAACUAUGCAGAGUCUGUGACCUUCUGUAAAUCUGGUUACUCUUAAUUUGAGCAGAGUAAUUUUUUAAUAUGGAAAGGGGGAACACUCUCUCAGGAUUUGGGCUAUGGAGUGGUGAGCCAAUACUCAAAAUGUUUGCCAGCAAUUGUACAGCCUUGACUGGUCAAUGUGAUUUUAUUCAUUUGUGGGAUGUGGAUGUCGCUGACUGACCAGCAUCUGUUGCCUGUCCCUAGAGAAGGUGGUGGUGAGCUGCCUUCUUGAACUGCUGCAGUCCAUGUGCUGUGGGUUGACCCACAGUGCCAUAGAGAGGGAGUUUUAGUUUUAGAGGGGAGUUCCUAUUGCUAUCCUGCACAAACAUGUUUCUCCUGGCUUUCCAUGUCCCACUGUAUUCUGUCCAAUACUGCAGAAUAGCAUGAGGUGGACGAACGGAAUAUUUUUGUUCUCAAGUUUAUUUAAGUAAAUGGAAUGUAACUGAAUCAAUCAUGGAAUGUGUGUGGUGUGCAUGGACUGAAUAAAAAUUUUUAUAUUGCACUAGAAA